CAUCUCAGUCCCGCGGCUUUAAUCCAGCGCACAGAAGAAGAAGACGAAGCCCAUUCAGCGUAAAACAAAGACUUUAAACGCAUUUUGUUGUGAAUGAAACAUGAGUGAAAUGUAACCGGAGGUCUGCUGAGGAUCAGGACCGUUUCUUCUUGUGCGUCUGAAGCAGCUGCAGCCUCCUCAUGUCGGAGGAGGCUGCAGGACCUGAGCGAAGGCUGUACGAGGAUGGCGGAGGAAGAGGUGGAGAUGAAGGUGUUGGAGGGGGAAAUGGAGGUGGAGGAGGAAGAGGAGGUGGAGCUGAAGAUGUAGAUGGAGGAGCAGGAGUUGGAAUUAGAGGAAGUGCUGAGGAAGGAAAGGUUUCCAUGAAGAUCCCUAAAGGGCCACUUUAUUGUGUCUGCAGGAAACCAGAAAUCAACUGUUUCAUGAUAGGCUGUGACUGUUGCACUGAGUGGUUUCAUGGACGCUGUGUUGGAGUUUCAGAGAAGGCAGCUAAAUCCAUCAGAGUUUGGUUUUGUCCAUUAUGUCGAGACAAAGAUGCAUCUCUAGAGAUUAAAUACCGCCUGAAGAAGACCAAGGAGGAGAAAGAAUUCGAGAGGGAGACGGGAGACGGGACAUCAACUCCCAAUGCCAGGAUUGACAAGAGGCGGGGCUCACAGAUCAAGCGCUCGGCCCGGAUGUGUGGGGAGUGUGACGCAUGCCUGAGGACGGAGGACUGCGCCCUGUGCGACUUCUGCAAAGACAUGAAGAAGUUCGGUGGUCCAAACAAGAUCCGACAGAAGUGUCGUCAGCGACAGUGUGAGGUCCGGGCUCGGAAGAUGCUACGAGUCAAAGAGGAGGAGAUGAGUCGCAGCUGCGUCAGGGGGCGUGGCCUGACACAGACAGAGGCGGGGCAUCAGACAGAGGAGGACGAGGAGGAUGAGGAUGAAGAGGUGGCCUUCAGCGAGAGCGAGUUGGAGCUCUACGAGCAGUACAAGGCCGCCGGAUACAAAGACUUGGUGUGGCACACUGAGGAAGAGGAUGAACAGUUGGACUCCCUGAGAAAGAAGGCGGUGAAGGUGAAACAUGUCAAGCGGCCAGAGAAGAAGACUGAGAAGAAGAAGUCUGUCUCUGGUCCUAAAGAGGAGGCGAAGCCUCGUCGUCACAAAGUCAAGCAGCGCCACAAGGAGCGCGUCCGUCACAGUGAACAAGGGGGAGAGGGCGGGACUAAGGAAGUAGGCGGAACUGUGCGCCAGUGUCUGGGACCAGGAUGUGUCGUACCAAUGAGGGCAAACUCAAAAUACUGUUCUGACGACUGCGGCAUGAAGCUUGCAGCCAAUCGUAUCUAUGAGAUCCUCCCACAGAGGAUCCAGCAGUGGCAGCAGAGUCCGUGCGUUGCCGAGGAAAUGGGGCGAAGACAGUUGGAGCGAAUCAGGAAGGAGCAGCAGGCGUCGAGGCUCCGCCUCACAAUGAUGGAGAAACGCUUCCACGAGCUUGAAGGCAUCAUCGCCAACGCCAAGCAGCAGCAGGUCCAACACCACGAGGAGGUGACUGACGGGGAUGGAGAGGACACAGACCUCCAGGUCUUCUGUGUUUCCUGCAGUCACCCCGUCAAUCCGAAGGUGGCGCUGAGACACAUGGAGCGAUGUUACGCUAAGUAUGAGAGUCAGACAUCAUUUGGCUCCAUGUACCCAACACGAAUUGAGGGGGCGACCAGGUUGUUCUGUGACGUGUACAAUCUUCAGAGUAAGACCUACUGUAAGCGGCUGCAAGUUCUCUGUCCUGAACACUCUAGAGAUCCAAAGGUCCCAGCAGAUGAGGUGUGUGGUUGUCCUCUGGUGAGAGACGUGUUCCAGCCGACUGGAGACUUCUGCCGUCUCUCAAAGAGAAAAUGUAACAAGCAUUAUUGUUGGGAGAAGCUCCGGCGAGCCGAAGUGGACCUUGAGAGAGUCCGAGUGUGGUAUAAGCUGGACGAGCUGUUUGAGCAGGAGAGGAAUCUGAGGACAGCGAUGACGAACCGAGCCGGUUUAUUGGCUCUGAUGCUUCACCAGACCAUCCAACACGACCCAAUCACAACGGACCUGCGCUGUGCCAAGGACAGGUAGACCGGUAGAUAGAUGGACAGGUAGACAGGUAGAUAGAUGGACAGGUAGACAGGUAGAUAGAUGGACAGGUAGACAGGUAGAUAGAUGGACAGGUAGACAGGUAGAUAGAUGGACAGGUAGACAGGUAGAUAGAUGGACAGGUAGACAGGUAGAUAGAUGUAUACAAACAUACGCACAGGAAAGAGACGUAGACAAGUAGAGGGACAGAGUGAGACAGACAGGUGGAGAGACAGAAUCCCUGGACGCAUACAAAGUGUAUUUGUACUUUAAAUGUGUUUGAAAGUUUGUUAUUUUGAAGUUCUGAAACUAAAACAGAUCCUGGAACAGUAGGACAUUGAUGUUCUGGUUUUGGGGUCUUUGAUGUGUUUACAUCAUAUUGUGAAUAUUCAGGAAAUAUAUCCAUGUUUUUAUACUGUUUUAUUCCUGAAGUACUACAUUCAUCAGAGAUCCAGUUGAAGCUGUUACUGAUAAAACACUAGAAUCAAGCGUUUAAUAUAUUAUUAUGUACAUCAAUAAUCAAUAAGACAGAAUGUUUGAUGUUUAUACAAUGACCCUUUCUCAAUAAGAACUCAAUGUUGGCAAAUUACUAUAACAGUUACACAUUAAUCAUUAAACAAUACAAGAAUAACACAAAUUGAAAGUGUCUUUUUUAUUAUUUUUGACCUUUUAUUGCAAAACAUAAUACAGUAUAAUAAUGUCUAUGUCUUCUGUAUUGAUUCAUAUGAUGUUUAUUAAAUAUUGAACACUUGUUUAAUGAUACAUGUGUAGAUAGUAAGAACUAAAACUUUUUUCUUUUAUCUAAUUUUAUACCACAAUGUCAUUUUUUAUUUUU